UUACAUAAAGGCCUUUGCUUUAUGGCGGAUGUCUGGUAUCCGUUGAACGACUGAAUUUAUUGUUACUGCUGGUUUGUUGAUAUAAAGAGCUGCCGGAAUCAUGGGUUUCGGUGACUACCCCAAGGAGUACAAUCCAUCCGUGCACGGACCAUACGAUCCUGCUCGUUAUUACGGACCUCAGGACACAAAGUUCUUCGACCUGAAACUUGGUGAAGUUGGUGCCUGGUUUGGAAGACGACAGAAGACACCCCAAGCUCUGGCUGGUGCUAUCUCAAGAUGUUGGUGGCGUUGGCAACAUAAUUAUGUCCACCCCAAGCGCACUGGCAUUGCUCCUUUCUUCCAGUUGGCUGUCGGUGGAAUGGUGUUUUUCUAUGUUCUCAACUACAACCGCCUCAAGCACCAUAAGAAUUACAAGUAUCACUAAUCUGUAACUCUGUAAUGAUUACAAAAUUUAUAGAAUUUAAUUCAAAUAAAUACAAUAGAGUUUACAAGUGAAGUUGUUACAAGAUUCCUGUAAUAAUUUUAAGAAUGGAUUAAAUUAAUAAAAAAGUUUCAGUUCAA